UCUGCUUUUUGGCGAAGAAAACAAACCCUUGUGUAUUGGAUCUGAAAAGUGAAGACCGUUUUGUGUAUCAUCGUAUUCUGCCAUGGAAGCUCAUCUUAGAAUCUUCAACCCUUCCAUUUUGGGGCGCCACCUACUACUCAAAACCACCACGCGCCCUUUCCCUUCCCACCAAUGCCUCGCUCCCAGGAUACCUAUCUCUUCCACUCUCACUCGCUCUUCGCAUUCACCCAUUUCUCCGAAUUCGGUUCCCAUCAGGUUCUUCUCCUCUCUCACCUCUUCCCAAAAUCUCAAAUUUUCGAUCCCCCACAAUAAUUUUAACCCUUUUUUUUCUCAUUCACAAGGUGGCGAGAUCGGUUGGAACCCGGUUUCGGAGAACGCAAAGGUGGGGUUUUGCGGAGGUAAAGGCCGCGUUGCGACGGUGGUUUUGUUGGGGUGGCUCGGAGCAAAGACGAAGCACCUCAAAAGGUACGUGGAGUGGUACAAUUCGCGGGGCGUUCAUGCUGUCACGUUCGUCGUUGAUAUGAAGGAACUACUUCGAUUUGACCUUGGGCGGAUAUUAGAGAGGCGAAUCUCUCUGUUCGCCGAUAACCUCAUUUCCUGGGUGUCUGGCGAGGAACAUGAUGGGAGAGAACGGUGUUUGGUUUUUCACACUUUCAGCAAUACGGGUUGGUUUAUCUAUGGUUCCAUUCUUGGCAGAAUGCUGGGUAGUCAGGAGCUAAUGGAGAAGAUUAAAGGAUGCAUUGUUGAUUCGGGAGGGGGAGAACCUUUUAAUCCACAGGUCUGGGCGGCUGGUUUUUCUGCUGCUAUAUUGAAGAAACGCAGCUCUUCAGCCCAAGCUGAAGUCGAGGUAGGAGACAAACUUAAAUCAGAGACUGAAGCUAUUCAACAAAACAAACCUUCGACAAUUGAAAUCGUGGUCUUGUCACUAUUAGAGAAGUUAUUCUCAUUUCUUUUGCAGGUGCCAGAUGUGAAUCAGAGGUUAACGAAGAUUGUCAGUGUCCUCUUGAAGCACCAGUCUUGCCCUCAGCUCUACCUGUAUAGUACAGCUGACAAAGUAGUCCCAUUUCAAUCAAUAGAAGUGUUCAUUGAAGAGCAGAGGAAGAUGGGAAGGAGGGUAAAGUCCUUUAACUUCGGCUCAUCUCCCCAUGUGGAUCAUUAUAGGACUUUCCCGGACGUAUAUUUAUCACUGGUUAAUGAAUUCUUGAAAGAGUGUUGUGCUAUAGGCAAACAGACCACUUGCACGUCCUAAGUUCUAGUCCCUUUGAAGUGUAAAAUUAUUGCAUGUCCGUAAUGGUAUUUGCUUGAGUUUUCCGAUUGGACAAGAACUUCACUAUCACAAGGAGAGAAAAAAAAAACGACAACAUAUAGAUCAGAUACGCAAGCAUGUAUUUGGGGGAUGCAAACAGUGCCAAUUGCACAAUUGGGUGCUUCUUUUGACGAUUAGUACAAGAUCAAGUGACUUAACAGAAAUUGAACAUGGCAAACUGAUGAGGCCCUAGGACCUGGUUUUGUUAGAUUGAUAAAGUAGUGUACAUAAAGCCGAAACUGCGUACCCGGGCUUCAAACAUAUUAAUUCAUAUUGGACAGAUAUGUUGUACUUCAUCUCUAGAUACAGCACUUCGGCAUACACCCAAAAAGGGGUUGAUAUCAGGGAACACUUCAUCAAGUUUUUUACCUAAAUGCCACGCGAACAGUGUUAUUUUUCAGUAUGCCACGUGGACAAGUUCGCUGGACACUAUAAGGAACCCAGUGAUGAUGUG